AUGGCCCAAACGGAUCUCAAUCAGCCGAAACUGGAUAUGACUAAGGAGGAGAAAGAGAGGUUGAAGUACUUGGAAUUUGUGCAAGCUGCUGCUGUGGAAGCAGUGCUUCGCUUUGCUCUCAUUUACGCCAAGGCAAAGGACAAGUCUGGCCCUUUGAAGCCAGGUGUUGAAUCCGUUGAAGGAGCUGUCAAGACUGUCGUCGGUCCGGUGUACCAGAAAUACCACGACGUCCCCGUCGAAGUCCUUAAGUACAUGGACCAGAAGGUUGACAUGUCUGUGACUGAGCUUGACCGCCGUGUCCCACCAGUGGUCAAACAAGUGUCUGCCCAAGCCAUCUCAGCUGCUCAGAUAGCACCCAUUGUGGCCCGUGCUUUCGCCUCUGAGGUUCGACGUGCUGGAGUUGUGGAAACCGCUUCUGGGAUGGCUAAGUCCGUCUACACCAAGUACGAGCCAGCAGCUAAGGAGUUGUAUGCAAACUACGAGCCAAAAGCAGAGCAGUGUGCCGUCUCGGCGUGGAAGAAGCUGAACCAGCUUCCACUGUUCCCAAGGCUGGCUCAAGUCGCUGUACCAACAGCUGCAUUCUGCUCUGAGAAGUACAAUGACACGGUGGUGAAGGCUGCAGAGAAAGGGUACAGGGUGUCAUCGUACAUGCCGUUGGUUCCAACCGAGAGGAUCUCAAAGAUCUUCGCUGAGGACAAGGCUGAGACCAAGCCUUUGGAGUUCCACCCACUUGAUUGA